ACAGUCAAGUUACUACAGCUGCAGAAGUUUCACCAAGACAAACAGUGCAGCCAUCAAUACAUCAUGUCUGAGUACGAUACAGAUAUUGCUGCUGUUGUCAUUGACAACGGAUCUGGGAUGUGUAAAGCCGGCUUUGCUGGGGAUGACGCCCCACGUGCUGUGUUUCCAGCCAUCACUGGUAAACCCAAGUCUACAUGGCCGGGAUGGGAACCAAGGACUGCUACAUCGGGGACGAGGCACAGAGUAAGAGGUAUCCUCAGUCUGAAAUAUCCCGUUGAGAACGGCAUCGUCAACAACUGGGACGACAUGGAACGUGUGUGGCACCACACAUACUACAACGAGCUGAGAGUGGCACCCGAGGAGCACCCAGUACUUCUGACGGAGGCACCACUCAACCCCAAGUCUAACAGAGAGAAGAUGGUGCAGAUCAUGUUUGAGACAUUCAACACUCCCGCCUUCUAUGUGAGCAUCCAGGCGGUGUUGUCGCUGUACGCCUCGGGCAGAACCACUGGCGUCGUCCUCGACUCGGGAGAUGGCGUCUCGCACGUCGUGCCCAUAUAUGAAGGCUACGCCCUGCCCCACGCUGUCCGGAGAAUGGACCUGGCUGGCCGUCACCUGACCUCCUACCUUAGCAGGAUUCUACACGAGAGAGGAUACAACUUUACUACAUCUUCUGAGAAGGAGAUAGUGCGAGACAUCAAGGAGAAGCUCUGCUAUGUUCCCAUGGACUUCGAGUCAGAGAUGGUGUCAGCUGCACAGUCCAGCGCCAUUGAGAAAGGAUACGAGCUGCCGGACGGGGCUGUGAUAACUAUCGGCAAUGAGAGGUUCCGAGCUCCGGAGUGUCUGUUCCAGCCGAGCUUCACGGGUAUGGAGAGUGCAGGCAUCCACGAGAUGGUCAACAGCUCGGUGAUGAACUGUGACAUUGAUAUCAGGAAGGAUCUGUACAGCAACGUGGUUCUGUCAGGAGGAUCAACAAUGUAUCCAGGUCUGGCAGACCGUAUGGCGAAGGAACUGAGCGCCAUCGUACCGUCUACAAUCAAGGUCAAGGUUAUUUCUCCACCUGAGCGGAAGUACUCGGUGUGGAUCGGCGGCUCCAUCUUGGCCUCGCUUUCAACCUUUCAACAGCAGUGGAUCUCCAAGCAGGAGUAUGAUGAAUCUGGACCUAGCAUUGUUCACAGGAAAUGUUUCUGAGCGUCACAUCGUGAGAGAAAGUUGACAAUGAGGGGUGGAGUUAUAAGUCUUUCAAUGGGAAUGAGGUGUCCUUCACGAGAUCUGAAAUUGCAACCGUAACAGCAACGUCUUCACGUUGCAAGUGGAAGCACAAACCAUCCAGCAUGUUAACACAGAACAUAGCACACAUACAUUUCUCGCACUGCGUUAACGAUGGAUUGAAUUAUUUGUUUGUAAUGUUGGUAGAGAACAUCGUGCAAUAUCAUUACUCAUCUUAAUCAGUACUGUGCCUUGUAAAAGGCGUCAUGUUUUACAUGAUUCUGAAAGGGCUCUGAUGUUAUCAAACAUUGUGUAUAUAUCCUUGUACAUGAUUCCAUCUGUAUAUACCAUAUAUUUAUCGAUCCAUCCGUACAACAUAUCACAUAUACAACAUAUCACAUAUACACCAGUCCAUGUGUACAUAUUACAUGAAAUGAACUCGUGUAUCAACAAUGUUUAUAGGUCAUGUCACUUGAAUAAAUGUUUCAGUCGGA